GGAAAGAAAUUAUAAAAGAGAUGACCUGGCUUCCACCACUUUCAGCUGUUCCAGCACCUGGAAAAGUGGAACCGAGCAAAUUUCCAUUUCCAAAUAAGGACUCUCAGCUCACUUCCUCGGGACACAGUAAUGCAAAGAAAGGUGAUGCUGAGCCAGGGAGUCCAGACAAUGGCACAUCGAAUACAUCAAUGCUAGAAGAUGACCUUAAGCUAAGUAGCGAUGAAGAGGAGAAUGAACAGGCAGCCCAGAGAACGGCUCUCCACGCUCUGUCUGACAGUGCCAGCCUCCCGCAGGCCAACUGCAGGGCCUCCGUGCCCUCCAGCAAGGGCAGCAGCAGCGGCAGCAGCAGCAGCGGCAGCAGUUCCUCCAGUGACUCGGAGAGCAGCUCGGGAUCUGACUCAGAGACCGAGAGCAGCUCCAGCGAGAGUGAGGGCAGCAAGCCUCCCCACUACUCCAGCCCUGAGGCCGAACCAGCGUCCUCUAACAAGUGGCAGCUGGAUAAAUGGCUAAACAAAGUUAAUCCCCACAAGCCUCCUAUCCUGAUCCAAAAUGAAAGCCACGGGCCGGAGAGCAAUCAAUACUACACCCCGGUGAAGGACGAAGUGCCAGACUGCGGGAAGGUUCCCGACAACGUCUGCCCGACCAGCCUGAGAGACAAGGACAUCAAGAGCGCCUGCAAGGAGGAGCAGAGGCCGAGGACCGCGAACAAGGCCCCGGGGAGCAAAGGGGUGAAGCAGAAGUCCCCGCCCGCGGCCGUGGCCGUGGCCGUGACCGCCGCCGCCCCGCCGCCCACGGUGGCUGGUGCGCCCGCCGAGAGCGCGCCCGCGCCUGCCCGGAGGUCCGCGGGCAAGAAACCCACGCGGCGCACCGAGAGGACCUCGGCCGGCGACAGUGGCCACCGGCCCGAGGAGCCCGCAGCCGCGGACGCGCUGGGGGCGAGCGCGGGGAUACCCCCGGAGCCCCCCAAGCCCCGGCCCUGCAGCAACAGUAGGACCAGCCACCGCAAGGAGCUGCGCUCGGCCGUAACCGGCGAGAAGCGCCGCACGCGGGGCCUGAGCCGGAUCGUCCCCAAAUCCAAGGAGUUCAUCGAGACCGAGUCGUCCUCGUCGUCCUCCUCUGCGGACUCGGACCUGGAGUCAGAGCAAGAGGACUACCCUCUGUCCAAGGCCACUGCCGCCUCCGGGAACGACCCGAGGCUGAAGGAGGCUGCCAGCAGCAUCAGCGGUGGAGGCCCGCGGGCCCCUGUGGGCUCUAUCAACGCCAGGACCACCAGCGACAUAGCCAAGGAGCUGGAAGAGCAGUUCUACACGCUGGUCCCCUUCGGCCGCAAUGAACUUCUCUCCCCGUUGAAGGACAGUGACGAGGUCCGGUCACUCUGGGUCAAAAUUGACCUGACCCUCCUGUCCAGGAUCCCAGAACACCUGCCCCAGGAGCCGGGGGUCUUGAGCGCUCCCGCGGCCAAGGACACUGAAAGCGCCCCCCCGAGCCACGCAUCCGAUGCGCCCGCAGAAAAGGCUUUGCCAAAAUCCAAGAGGAAACGCAAGUGUGACAGCGAAGAUGACUGCCGGGAGAUCAGGAAGGCUCAGGGAGAGAAGGAGAGCUCUUCACGACUCGCUGCCUCCGCCAGCAGCACUUUGUCCGCAAACCAUUGCAACGUGAACGUCAACAGCUUGGCAAUCCCAAUAAAUAAAAAUGAAAAAAUGCUCCGAUCACCCACCUCGCCCCUCUCUGACGCAUCUAAACACAGAUACCCCGGCGAGGACCUGACUUCCCCCAGCAGAUCCAACAGCAAUGGUUUGUUCACCUCCGCCUCGUCCAACAAAAAGCAUAAGGCUGAGAACCAGCUGCAGACCCAUGGUGGAGACCUCACGAAAGCGGCUCACAGCAAUUCCGAAAACGUUCUCCACAAGUCACGGCCACAGACAGAGCCAUGGUCUCCAGGCUCCAACGGCCACAGGGACUGCAAGAGGCAGAAACUCAUCUUCGAUGACAUGCCACGCAGUGCAGAUUAUUUUAUGCAAGAAGCUAAGCGAAUGAAGCAUAAAGCAGAUGCAAUGGUGGAAAAGUUUGGAAAGGCUCUGAACUAUGCUGAAGCAGCCUUGUCAUUCAUUGAGUGUGGAAAUGCAAUGGAGCAGGGCCCAAUGGAAUCCAAAUCUCCUUAUACAAUGUACUCAGAAACAGUUGAGCUCAUCAGGUAUGCUAUGAGACUAAAAACCCACUCAGGCCCCAAUGCCACACCAGAGGAUAAACAGCUGGCUGCAUUAUGUUACCGAUGCCUGGCUCUCCUGUACUGGCGGAUGUUUCGACUCAAAAGGGAUCAUGCUGUAAAGUAUUCAAAAGCACUUAUCGACUAUUUCAAGAAUUCAUCUAAAGCUGCCCAAGCCCCAUCUCCAUGGGGGGCCAGUGGAAAGAGCACUGGCACCCCAUCCCCCAUGUCUCCCAACCCCUCCCCCACCAGCUCCGUGGGAUCUCAGGGGAGCCUCUCCAAUGGGAACGCCCUGUCCCCAUCAACCAUCGUCAGCAUCCCACAACGCAUCCACCAGAUGGCAGCCAACCAUGUCAGCAUCACCAACAGCAUUCUCCACAGCUAUGACUACUGGGAGAUGGCGGACAACCUGGCCAAGGAGAACAGAGAAUUCUUCAAUGACCUGGACCUGCUCAUGGGGCCAGUCACCCUGCACAGCAGCAUGGAGCACCUGGUCCAGUAUUCCCAGCAAGGCCUGCACUGGCUGCGGAACAGCACCCACCUGACAUAG